AUGGCCAGUGGCGACGACGAACUCGACGGUCGGAGGGUGACUCUGGUGGACACCCCAGGAUUCGACGACACGAAUAAAAGCGAUACGGAUGACCUUGCUAUGAUAGAUGCAGCUCUCGCAUUUCUGACCUCAUCAAUGCUUUGGCAUCUGUGCGGGGAGAAGACGCUGGAGAACUUGGCCAUCGUCACCAAUAUAUGGGGAGAAGUACCAGCGGCUGUUAGCGAAGCUCGCGAGCCGUCGCAGGAGGUGUUCUUAAGCAUGAACAAGAAUCUCGCACCUUUGCGCCUCAAAGAUCAAGAGCUACGAGACGAGCUUGGUGCUGAAAUCAGCAAACUGCAGGGCGAAGCUGAUCGGAUUCAGCGUGAUGCGCAAGACAUGGCCUCCCGAUACGAAUCAGAAAAGAACAGACUCGAGGCUCAGAUACGAGUGGCCGCAGAGGUUGCCAGGGUGGAACAGGCGAGGCUGAUCAGAUAG